UUCGCCAGUGCCAAGUUAUCUGCACCAGCUGCCAGCCUACGUCAAGCUGUCAGCUUUGGAAUCCUCUUGGCUGAUCACGACAUGCGCCCUUUGGUGCUUGAUUUGUCACCCGGAGAUGUCAAUUUCAUCCUCCAUAGCUUACAGAUAUUCAAUGAAAAAAAAUAAUCCCACGGUAGUAGUGAUGAUUUCAAAUGAUGAGAUAUUUCUCUACCCUUCUCACAAUCCUCACAGUUGAAUGAAAAGCGUCGUGAUCACCCGGGACUAACACCAAUACACACCUCAUAUGAACAAUACCCUCCUCCUAACAACCCUCCUUACCUCACAAGUCCUCACUCCCUCAACCCUCUUCCUAUCCAACUCACAACAAAACACCAAAAUGCCAGGAAGAACAAUACCCUUCCAUCAAGGCGAACUCGCUCUCCACGACCUCCUCAAAGUCCCCCGCCACCGCGGCAACCCCACCGCCGCAGGCCUCCCCCCUUCCUACGGCACCCGCAUUGCCGCCGCUCCGCUCCUGGCCCUCGGCACCCUCGACGCCGAAAGCCGGCCCUGGACGACAUUAUGGGGCGGUGAGGCCGGGAACGUGGCUAGGCCGAUUGCGGAGGAUGUACUUGGUGUCAGGAGCCUGGUUGACGUUGUUGAUGAUCCGGUUUUCAGGGCUCUUUGGGGGGAUGAAGGUGGGCAGCAGUCGCAGGAAGUCAUUCAGCCUGGACAGGGCCCGGAUGGAGGGAAGCUCGUCUCUGGGCUGGCUAUCGACCUUACGACGCGGGAUCGUGUCAAGUUUGGGGGGAGGAUGGUGGCCGGGGCUGUUACUACCAAGAACGGAGACCGGAGCACAUCCUCCCCCUCCUCAUCGAACUCGGCGUCCUCGGAAGUUCAGAUCGCGGUACACGUCGAAGAGAGUUUGGGAAACUGCCCCAAGUACCUCAACAAAAAGGACGUCAUCCCGCGGGCGUCGAUCGGCAAGGGCAGAGUGGAGCGGGAGUUGCCGCUGUCUGAGGAGGCUUUGGAGGUUGUGCGCGAGGCGGAUAUGUUUUUCCUUACGAGUGGGCACGAGUACGGCAGUGGUGGGAGCGGCAGUAGUGGUAGCAGUAUGGAUACGAACCACCGGGGAGGGUCGAGGGGGUUUGUGAGGGUUGCGAGGAACGAUGUGGAUGGUGUUGAGAUUGUGUAUCCCGAAUUUUCCGGUAAUCGGUUAUAUCAGACGCUGGGGAACCUUAAACUGAACCCCUUGGUUGGGAUCGCGAUACCGGACUUUGAGACGUCUGGCGUCCUUUACCUCACGGGAUCGGCAUCGAUACUCGUCGGAGAAGAAGCAGCAGCCUACCUCCCGCGCACGAAACUCGCCGUCAAAAUCACCGUCUCGGCCGCGGUAUUCGUGCAGUCCGGCUUACCCUUCUCCGGCACCCCGCAAGAGCCGUCGCCGUAUAACCCGCCUGUCCGACCGCUCUUCUCCGAGCAGCAGCAUGCUUUAAGCUCGUCUGGGGAGGGUGCCAGGACAGCCACCCUCCUGCGCCGCGAGAUCAUCACGCCGACGAUUGGGCGGUUCGUCUUUCGCUUGGAGCCGGCGGCGCAGUGGGAGGCGGGACAGUAUGUUACGCUUGAUUUUGCGGAGGAGCUGGACGUGGGCUGGAGUCAUAUGCGCGACGACGAGCCGCAGAGUCUGAAUGAUGAUUAUGUGAGGACUUUUACCGUUUCGAGUUCCCCUGGCGGUAGUGGUGGGAAGGAGGUUGAGAUUACGGCGAGGAGGAAGGGACCGGUUACGAAUUUGUUGUGGAGGUGGAAUUUGAGGGUUCCGUUGGAGGUUCCUGUGCUUGGGUUUGGGGGUGAAGAGGCGUUUAGGAUGGGUAAGGGGAAGAAAGGUAGCGAUGGUGAUGAUGUCGAAGAAGUGUUUGUUGCUGCUGGGGUUGGGAUCACGCCUUUGAUUGCGCAGGCUGGUGGUGUUUUGGGGGCGAGGGUGAGGAUGAAGGUGUUGUGGACUGUGCGAGGGAAGGAUGUCAAGUUGGUUAGGGAUGUUGUUGGGAGGAUUCCUGGGUUGGGUGGUGUGUUGAGGGUGUUUGUGACGGGUGAGGUUGGCGAGGCGGAGGAGGCUGUGAUUCGGGAGAUUGAGGAGUUUAGGGCCGUUGUUGAGAGGAGGAGAAUCGGGCCUAGUGAUGUGAAGGAUGGGGAGAUCAAAAGGAGAUACUUUUUGUGCACUGGGCCGGAGAUGCUCAAGGUCAUGAAUGGGUGGUUGAAAGGUGAGGAUGUGGCGUUUGAAGACUUUGCUUUUUGAAUAGCUGGUGGAGGAUAUAUCCAUAAUCUACACAAUGAAGUCGUCGAGCUGUCUGGCGGAAGGCCCCAAUUCGGCUAUCGAACCAGGUCAUUAAAACUCUGUCCAGAGAUUAGACAUGGGAAUGCUAUACAAGUAGAACAUUAGAGACA